AUGAUGAAUUGUUUUCCGUGUUUCACUUCACAAAAGAGCAAAAACUCUCCUAGAAAUAACGAGUCUAACGAUAACGAUGAACACGGAUUCAGACCACCACCUGUGGCAGCGACGAAACAUGUAGAAGAAAGAGAAACAGAGCAAGCGCCAGUGAAAACAUUCAACUUCCGAGAACUAGCGACGGCGACCAAGAAUUUCCGGCAAGAAACGCUUCUAGGAGAAGGUGGAUUCGGUAGGGUUUACAAAGGAACCCUUCAAUCUACUGGCCAGUUGGUAGCUGUAAAGCAGCUAGACAAGCAUGGAAUGCAUGGUAACAAAGAGUUUCAAGCUGAAGUCUUAUCAAUAGCUAAACUGGAACACCCGAAUCUUGUCAAGCUUGUUGGAUACUGCGCCGAUGGAGAUCAACGGCUCUUGGUCUUUGAAUAUGUCUCCGGAGGUUCCCUUCAAGACCAUCUUUACGAGCAAAAGGCAAGCCAGAAGCCGAUGGAUUGGAUAACAAGGAUGAAGAUUGCGUUUGGUGCAGCGCAAGGAUUGGACUACUUGCACGACAAAGUGAAUCCACCGGUGAUAUACAGAGAUUUGAAAGCUUCGAAUAUUUUGUUAGACGAUGAGUUUUACCCUAAGCUUUGUGAUUUCGGUUUGCAUAACCUAGAGCCAGGGACUGGUGAUAGCUUGUUUCUCUCUUCCCGGGUUAUGGACACUUACGGUUACUCUGCGCCUGAGUACACUCGUGGGGACGAACUCACCGUCAAAUCAGAUGUUUAUAGCUUUGGAGUUGUGAUGCUUGAACUCAUCACCGGGAGAAGAGCUGUUGACACCACUAAACCUACUGAAGAACAAAACCUAGUUGCUUGGGCACAACCGAUAUUUAGAGACCCGAAAAGGUAUCCGGAUAUGGCGGAUCCUCUGUUGAAGAAGAAUUUCUCGGAGAGAGGGUUGAAUCAAGCAGUGGCGAUAACAUCAAUGUGUUUACAAGAGGAACCAACGGCUCGUCCUUUGAUAAGUGAUGUGAUGGUUGCGCUUAGCUUCCUUUCCAUGUCUACAGAAGAUGGUAUUCCAACAGCUGUUCCGAUUUUGUCCUUUAGGGACAAGAGUAUGUCGAUUGCUUUGAGAAGACACGGUUCUUGCUCUGUAACUCCUUUCUCUCUUUUGAAAGAGGAUGAGGACAAAGCCAGUGUUUCAUCAGACUCAGACUCAGAACAUGAAGAAGAAGAAGAAGCGGUAAAAGAAAAAGAAGAAGAAAUAAGAAAAAGUAUGAAGAAGCAAGAGUCAAAGGUAAGUAUGAAGAAGCAAGAGUCAAGGUUAAGUAUGAAGAAGCAAGAGUCAAGGGUAAGUAUGAAGAAGCAAGAGGAGGCAAAAACCGCAACAUAUAAAGAUGAUGAGUCGUCUGAUUCAGACUCCGAAAAGGGUAAAAAGGAGGAACAUUCUCAGGUAGAGAAACCAAGAAGCUCUAGUAGCAGCAGCAGCUCCUCUGACUCUGGAAGCGAGAAGAGAAGGUCCAUUGAUGAAACGAACGCAACUGCACAGAGCUUGAAGAUAAAGUAUAGUUAUAGCUCUGAGGAAGAAGAUAACAAUGAGAGGCUAAGCAGUAAAAACAGUUGUGAUGAGGAGGAAGAAGAAGAAGAAAGCUUUUCUUUGCGGUUUGACAUCGAGAGAGAUCCUGUUGGUUCGCCGGGGAACACAAGCAGGCGAAUCAACAGUCUUGCUCAUGAUGAUGAUCAUGAUCAUACUGAUGAUGAGGAAGAGGAGGAGAAGAAUCAUGAAACUCAGCUUGAGCACAUUCAUAGCUCAAAAUCUGUAGUCCAAAGUGUUUAUUCCGAUGAUGACGCCAGCGAGGGAAGUGGUUCCUCAUCUUUCCAUCAGAUCGAAGCAGAAGAAGAAGAAGAAGAAGAAGAAGAAGAAGAACACAUUUCUUCUGAUCAUGAUUGA